ACUGGGAGUUCUCAGACCUCCAGUUUCAGUCCUGCCCUCAGCCUGCAGUCGGUGAGAGACACCCAGCCCCAGCAAUUGGAUUGGGCAGCCUGUCUUGACACACCACUGUGCUGAGUGCUUGAGGACGUGUUUCACCAGAUGGUUGGGGUUAGUGUGUGUCAUCACAUUCGAGUGGGGAUUAGGAGCAGGAAGGCUGCCUUGCUGGAGCUGUGUGGUCUCCUCCAAGGGAGAGUCGCAGGCACGAGAACUCCUUUGCUUUUGGAAGAAGAGGAGGAAUUCAUUUUCUGCAGCCGCAAGGAAAGCAGUUUUUCCAGGUGCUGACGGCCAGCCACCAUCAUCUGAGGACAGUGAAUUUAGCAAAUGACAUGCAGGUUCUCCAAGGCAGAGUGAUUGCAGAAAAUCUUCAAAGGACCCCAUCUGCAGAUGUUCUGAAUACCUCUGGGUAUAGAAACUGAUUAUUCAACCAGGAUACCCAGUUCAAGACCUGCAGGAACCAAGAGACAGACAUUUUGUCAGUUUUGCGACAUUGGACCAAACACAAUGAAGUAUUCUUGCUGUGCUCUGGUUUUGGCUGUCCUGGGCACGGAACUGGUGGGGAGCCUCUGUUCAACUGUCAGGUCCCCGAGGUUCAGAGGACGGAUACAGCAGGAGCGCAAAAACAUCCGACCCAACAUCAUCCUUGUGCUCACCGAUGAUCAAGACGUGGAGCUGGGGUCCCUGCAAGUCAUGAACAAAACGAGAAAGAUUAUGGAGCGUGGCGGGGCCACCUUCACCAACGCCUUCGUGACGACGCCCAUGUGCUGCCCCUCCCGCUCCUCCAUGCUCACCGGGAAGUAUGUCCACAACCACAACGUCUACACCAACAAUGAGAACUGCUCGUCCCCCUCGUGGCAGGCGGUGCACGAGCCGCGGACCUUUGCUGUCUAUCUUAACAGCACUGGCUACAGAACAGCCUUUUUUGGAAAAUACCUCAACGAAUAUAAUGGCAGCUACAUCCCUCCUGGGUGGCGAGAGUGGCUUGGAUUAAUCAAGAAUUCUCGUUUCUAUAAUUACACUGUUUGUCGCAAUGGCAUCAAAGAAAAGCAUGGAUUUGAUUAUGCAAAGGACUACUUCACAGACUUAAUCACUAACGAGAGCAUUAAUUACUUCAAAAUGUCUAAGAGAAUGUAUCCCCAUAGGCCCGUGAUGAUGGUGAUCAGCCACGCGGCGCCCCACGGCCCCGAGGACUCGGCCCCACAGUUUUCAAAACUGUACCCCAAUGCUUCCCAACACAUAACUCCUAGUUAUAACUAUGCACCAAAUAUGGAUAAACACUGGAUUAUGCAGUACACGGGACCCAUGCUGCCCAUCCACAUGGAAUUUACAAAUGUUCUGCAUCGCAAACGGCUUCAGACUUUGAUGUCAGUGGAUGAUUCUGUGGAAAGGCUGUAUAACAUGCUUGUGGACACCGGGGAGCUGGAGAACACUUACAUCAUCUACACCGCCGACCACGGCUACCACAUCGGGCAGUUUGGACUGGUCAAGGGAAAAUCCAUGCCAUAUGACUUUGAUAUCCGUGUGCCUUUCUUUAUUCGUGGUCCAAGCGUAGAACCAGGAUCAAUAGUCCCGCAGAUAGUUCUAAACAUUGACCUGGCCCCUACCAUCCUGGACAUUGCUGGGCUCGACACACCUCCCGACGUGGAUGGCAAGUCUGUCCUCAAACUUCUGGACCUGGAAAAGCCAGGUAACAACAGGUUUCGAACAAACAAGAAAGCCAAAAUUUGGCGUGAUACAUUCCUCGUGGAAAGAGGGAAAUUUCUGCGGAAGAAGGAAGAAUCCAACAAGAAUAUUCAACGGUCCAAUCACUUGCCCAAAUAUGAGAGGGUCAAAGAGCUGUGCCAGCAGGCCAGGUACCAGACAGCCUGUGAGCAGCCUGGGCAGAAGUGGCAGUGCGUCGAGGACACGUCCGGCAAGCUCCGGAUUCACAAGUGCAAGGGGUCCGGCGACCUGCUCGCAGUCCGGCAGAGCACACGGAACCUCUUCUCUAGCUUCCACGACAAAGAGUGCAAUUGUGGGGAGCCCGGUUAUCGCACCGGCAGGAGCCAGAGGAAGAGUCAGAGGCAGUUCCUGAGGAGCCAGGGGACCCCGAAGUACAAGCCCCGGUUCGUCCAUACUCGGCAGACGCGUUCCUUGUCGGUCGAACUUGAAGGCGAGAUAUAUGACAUAAACCUGGAGGAAGAAGACUUGCAAGUGCUGCGGCCGAGAAGCCUGGCCAAGCGUCACGAUGACAGUCCCCAGGGCCCGGGGGGCCGCCAGGCCGCUGGCGGGGCCGCGAUGCCCGCGGAUGGCGGCAAUGCCGUGGGCCUGCCCGCCACCGUCCGAGUGACACACAAGUGCUUUAUUCUCCCGAAUGAUACGAUCCACUGUGAGAGAGAACUCUAUCAAUCAGCCAGAGCCUGGAAGGACCACAAGGCAUACAUCGAUAAAGAGAUUGAAGCUUUGCAAGACAAAAUUAAGAAUUUGCGGGAAGUGAGGGGCCAUCUAAAGAGAAGGAAGCCUGAGGAGUGUGGCUGCAGCAAACAGAGUUAUUACAACAAAGAGAAAGGUGUAAAAAAGCAAGAGAAAUUAAAGAGCCAUCUUCACCCCUUCAAAGAAGCCGCUCAAGAAGUCGACAGCAAACUGCAGCUUUUCAAGGAGAACCGCAGGAGGAAGAAAGAGAGGAAGGAGAGGAAGCGGCAGCGGAAAGGCGAGGAGUGCAGCCUCCCCGGCCUCACCUGCUUCACGCACGACAACAACCACUGGCAGACGGCCCCGUUCUGGAACCUGGGUUCUUUCUGCGCUUGCACGAGUUCCAACAAUAACACCUACUGGUGUUUGCGGACGGUUAAUGAGACGCAUAAUUUUCUCUUCUGCGAGUUCGCCACUGGCUUUUUGGAGUAUUUUGACAUGAAUACAGAUCCUUAUCAGCUCACAAACACUGUGCACACGGUGGAGCGGGGCGUUUUGAAUCAGCUACAUGUGCAACUCAUGAGCCUCAGGAGCUGCCAGGGGUAUAAGCAGUGCAACCCGAGACCUAAGGGCCUGGAAGCUGAGGACAGCUGUGGGAAGGAUGGGAGGGCUAACCUGCCCCGUGUCACUGCAGACGUCACCUGGCAAGGCCUGGAGGAUUUACAUAGCGUGAACGGAAGUGUCUCUGAGGACAGACAAAACUAUAGACCUAGUCUGGCUGACUGGACUAAUUACUUGAAGGAUGUAGAUAGAGAAUUUGCACUGCUGAACAGUCACCAUGAACAAAAUAAAGCAAAUGAGACUAAAAGUGCUCGAAGUGGUGGGUUCCUGGCUGCGUCCGCCGAGCAUCCCGUGCCGGCAAGGGUGGCCUCCGCUGAGUCGGAUGAAGACCCCAGGAGCAGGGCUGGGGAAGCACCUGCUUUGACCUUGCCAGCUGACCUUCCAGCCCUGCAUUCGAACCGACCAACAUUCAGUCCAGAGAGUAAACUUGAAUGGAAUAAUGACAUUCCGGAAGUUAGUCGUUUGAAUUCUGAACACUGGAAAAAUCAUAGAACUGACCAAUGGAUGGAGCAUGAGGAGAUCAAUGAUGUUGAAACCGAUUUCAGUGGUGACGGCCUGAUGGAGCUGGGGCAGCCCAGGCGCGGGGACCGGAGGGAACUUCGCCAGGACGGUCGUCCCGAAGAAGAUGUUUUGCAAGAUCGGCUGCAUCUUCCUGUGCAUUCUGGUGUUGAUUCCACGCAUCAGGGGAUCCAAGUGUCCACCGUGGAGCAGCCUGACUCCUCCAGCAGCACCGAGACGAUGUCAAACAAGGUGGAGAAGAAUCGCAGGAGGGGAAGCUUCCAGAGUCUAGAAGGCAGUGCCUCCUUUCCACUCUGAUUAGAUGCCAUGUUACCUUGCCCUAAACACAGUAUUGUUUUUUUUUUUAGCUUUUUCUUAGUAAACUAGCAAAGGCAAUCAUGACAACCAACAUUCCAAUGACCCCAGGUACACACGUGCAGUCGAAGUUAGUGCACAGGUGAGCAGCACGCACACACGGGAACUCGACGUCUGAGUCGAGUCGAGAGUAAGGUGGAUUUGUGGGGUUUUGUUGGUUUGUUUGGGGGUACUAAAACAGUAUUACCUUUUGAAAGUUGUAGGGAGGGACCUGCAUAUAUAAAUGGUAUCCAAUCAAGACGGCUAGAACUGUGCCUUUCUGAGUUUCUGAAACUUGACAUCCUCCGUGAGCCUUUCAGCCCACCUCCCACUGCCUGCGUAAUGUGGUUUUAAUUCAUUUUUUAACCACUGGAAUUUUUCAAUGCCCUCACUUUUAGUUCAGCGAUUUUGCACUUUGAGAUCGGAAUGCCACGUCUCUUUGGUUAGUCUUAUUUUUUUUUUUAACAGGCUUGUCACAGUCUGACUGCCUGCUGUCAGUGUGGCAAAGUGAAAUGGACCCCAGGACGACACACAGUAUGGAUCCCAUAUUGUUCACUCUGCGCUUCUGCCAGAAACUGAUGCAUGUGUUUUACCUCGACUUGCUAAAAUUGCUUAGCAGAAAGGCAUGGCUAAGGAUGUUGGCAGUAAAAAUAAAUAAAAAAACAAAAUAAAUGUUACCUGCUCUUUCUGUACCCAGACUCAAAGUGUUCAUCUGCUUAAGAUUUCUAAAUUUUUAUUAUUUUCUUAACAGGAUAAAAGGACUGAAGACUUUUUUCCCCCCAUCUUUUUGUUUUCUUGACCUGGCUAAUAAGCUUAAGUGUUGAGAAACUAUGUUUUAGUUUUGAAUUUAUGUAAAGAAUUUUUUUCAGUAAAACAAACUAAUGACUGUUUCAUAAUUUAAAUACAACAUGUGCGUGGUAUGAUUAUUUUUAAGGCCUUCAGCAAGUUCUGUUUUUUUAAGGCAUAGUUCAAAACUGUGUUCGAAAUUUUGUAUCCUCAAAAAUAUUCUUGUCAUGUAUUAGAUUUUUAAAUACCAGCAAAAGGAUUAUUACCUCAGUAAGGGUUAUCAGUAUCCUAGCCAACUUCCCAAGGUUUUUUGUUUGUAGCUUAAUAGUAAUUUUCGUUUUAUUUUUAGAGAAUUCAAACACAUAGGUAAAUUAUGUUUUCUUUAAGUGUUUAAGGUAAUCUCUUUUAAAGAAAAUUUAAUAUGCUAUAGUUGAAUCUUUGAUAACUUUAAGUCUUUAUCGUAGACUCUGUACAUAUGUUAAAAUUAACUAGCUCUUUAUCAGAUAAUGUGUGUCACCGGCUGAAUGACAGAAGAAACAUAUUUAUGGUCGUGAAUGAUGUGCUUUGUAAAAAGGCUUCAAAUUACUAGGAAGCAUACUGUGUUUUUUUAAUCUUGUGUAAUAUUCUGUGAUACUUUUAUAGAACAAUUCUGGCUUCAGGAAAGUCUAGAAGCAAUAUUUCUUGAAAUAAAAGGUGUUUAAACUUUA